ACAUGAGGUACCAUGUUCAUGUAGAACUAACAAGAUAACGUCUGCAUUUGCAUAGAGACGAAGCAUGUCUCUGAGCCUCAUCCACCAUAAACCACUUUCUUCUUCUUGCAUCUUCUACCUUCACUCUUCCACUUCACACCACAUUCACACUCUUUCAAAACCCUUCUUCCUCUUACACUCCAAAACCCUCCCAUCAUCACUCUCUCUCUCUGCAUCACCAUCUAAUUCUUCCCCUCACUCUUCAACAACCCCCAUUCCCCUCCCAUAUCUCCAAGAAGAAGAAGAAGAAGGCCAUGACCCAGAUGAACCAAACUACAAUUUCUUCGAAACUAGCAAAUGGAUUUCCUCCCAAGACCCUCAAAGCGAAGAAAAAUUGUACCUUGAGGAGGACCCUCACAUCUCGUGGCACCUUGCCACGGACCUGGAUGAAGAAUCUGAAAUGAGUUUGGAGAAGGAAGAAAUGGGGUGUUUUCAAAAGAGGGAAUUGCCUGAGGCUGAGGGAAUUGUGGGAGAAAUUGUUGAGCUUGCAAGGAACUUGCCUCAAAAUUUGACUCUUGAGGAGGCAUUGGCUGAGUAUGAAGGAAGGUUCAGUGAAAAAGAGUGCUGGGAGGUUCUGGAAAUUCUUGGGGAGGAGCACCUUCUGCUGUGUUGUGUGUGUUUCUUUCAGUGGAUGAGUCUGCAGGAACCAUCACUUGUUACUCCUAGGGCUUGUACUGUGCUGUUUCCCUUGUUGGGAAAAGGAGGCAUGGGCGAUGAGGUGAUGGAUUUGUUCAGAAACUUGCCAUCAAGCGAUGAGUUCAGAGAUGUUCAUGUUUACAAUGCCACAAUUUCAGGUCUUCUGUCUAGUGGCAGGUCCGAAGAUGCUUGGAAGGUGUAUGAGUCAAUGGAAACAGAGAAUAUUCAUCCAGAUCAUAUGACAUGUUCUAUUAUGGUUACCGUUAUGAGAGAACUUGGCCAUAGUGCAAAAGAUGCAUGGCAAUUUUUUGAGAAAAUGAACAGAAAAGGGGUCAGAUGGAGUGAAGAAGUCUUAGGUGCAUUAAUAAAUUCAUUUUGUGUUGAGGGUCUGAGGAGGCAAGCUCUCAUCAUCCAAUCUGAAAUGGAGAAAAAAGGGGUUUCUUCAAGUGCAAUUGUGUACAACACUCUGAUGGAUGCAUUUUGUAAAUCCAACCACAUAGAAGCAGCCGAAGGCCUUUUUGUUGAGAUGAAAGCUAAAGGUAUUAAACCUAUUGCAGCUACCUACAACAUCCUAAUGCAUGCAUACAGCAGAAGAAUGCAACCCAAGAUUGUAGAAAAGCUAUUGGAAGAAAUGCAGGAUGUUGGCUUGAAGCCAAAUGCCACAUCAUAUACUUGUCUAAUCAUUGCAUAUGGCAAGCAAAAGAAUAUGAGUGACAUGGCUGCAGCCGAUGCAUUCUUGAAGAUGAAGAAAGUUGGUGUAAAACCCACUUCACAGUCUUAUACAGCACUGAUCCAUGCAUAUUCGGUUAGUGGCUUGCACGAGAAAGCUUAUGCAGCAUUUGAAAACAUGCAAAACGAAGGUAUUAAACCUUCCAUAGAAACCUACACUACUUUACUAAAUGCAUUUAGGCAUGCAGGUGAUGCUCAAACAUUAAUGGAAAUAUGGAAGUUGAUGAUCAGUGAGAAAGUUGAAGGAACAGGGGCGACAUUCAACAUUCUUGUUGAUGGUUUUGCGAAACAAGGUCUCUUCAUGGAAGCAAGAGAGGUAAUAUCUGAAUUUGGGAAAGUUGGAUUGAAACCAACAGUGGUGACUUACAAUAUGCUGAUAAAUGCAUACGCACGUGGAGGGCAACACUCAAAGCUGCCACAACUAUUGAAAGAGAUGGCAGUUCUUAAAUUAAAACCCGAUUCUGUAACUUAUUCAACUAUGAUAUUUGCCUUUGUCCGAGUUCGAGAUUUUCGGCGGGCAUUUUUUUAUCACAAGCAGAUGAUCAAGAGUGGGCAGAUGAUGGAUGGUGGUUCAUACCAGACGCUUCAGGCCCUUCUGGAGACCAGACCUGCACGGAAAAACAAGGAUUGGAGUUCCUUGCUUGGUAUAAUUAAAAGUAAAAUGGGUGUGAAAGUGAGGAGGCAGAAAGAUGAGUUUUGGAAGUUCAAGAAAAGGCAUGUAAGAAAAAAUAGUUCUGAUGUUAGUGUAUAGUAUUAGUAAGUUAAGGAUACAAUGCCCUGUAAGAAUUGAAAGUUCAAUUUUGACCCACUUUUGUUUUCUCAAAUAACACAAGGAGCUUCUUGUUGUUAACUGUAAAGAAUAUAUGCCCUUACCUUAUACAUUGCCUCUUCAACGAACCAUGUACGUCACACAUUUUCAGGUAGAUGUGGUUGGUUUAAAAUUUAAAAUAUUAGUACGCGGACAUUGAGUGUUCAUCCUGUGAACAAUGAUCAAUGGAACAAAUUAAUGUA